CUGCUCCACCGGAAACCCAGUGACCCUCACUUACAUCCAGACUGUGACAGCUCUUCCACUUCACACUUCCCUGCUGUUCGCUGUCAGCUCAUUAAAAAAACGUUGUAGUUUGUGUCUUUAGGAGUUUUACAUUUCACCAGGCUCGUCGAUCCCAGGGACAGUUAGCAGCUAACUCAAUAACCGGCAACAACACGGCGACCAGCUGACAGAGCUCGUUAGCCUGCUAUCCCAGCUGUCGCUCCAGCCUGACUACCCUUUGUCUUUACAACCAAGCGAGCUAGCCGCCGUUUGUUUCUUCUUCUGGACUAGUUAACCUCGGCUUUGGAAGUUUAUUUAUUUUUUUCCGCUUUACAAGAGUUAAGCAGACCAAGAUAGGCGGCUUGGGAUCCAAGAUGUCCAACCGAGCGGUGUGCAGAGAAGCAUCUCAUGCGGGGACCUGGUACUCAGCUUCGGGAUCUCAGCUGAAUGCACAACUCGAGGGCUGGCUGUCCCAAGCAGAGUCCACCAUUGGACCUGCUAGAGCCAUCAUAGCGCCCCAUGCUGGAUACACGUACUGUGGUGCUUGUGCGGCACAUGCCUACAAGCAGAUUGAUCCCUCUGUUACUCGUAGGGUCUUCAUCCUGGGACCUUCACACCAUGUGGCUCUCUCCCGCUGUGCCCUGACACCUGCAGACAUCUAUAGAACUCCUCUUUAUGACAUGAGAAUCGACCGGAAGGUUUACGCUGACCUCUGGAAAACUGGGUUGUUUGAACGGAUCAGUUUGCAGACAGAUGAAGAUGAGCACAGUAUUGAAAUGCACUUGCCUUACACUGCUAAAGCCAUGGAGAGCCACAAGGACGAGUUUAGCAUUGUCCCUGUGCUUGUGGGCGCCCUGAGUGAAUCUAAGGAACAGGAAUAUGGGAAGCUGCUCAGCAAGUAUCUGGCAGACCCUUCCAACCUUUUCAUCAUCUCCUCCGACUUCUGCCACUGGGGUCAGCGGUUCCGCUACCUAUACUAUGAUGAAACUCAAGGGGAGAUCCACAGGUCUAUUGAGCAUCUUGAUAAAAUGGGAAUGGGCAUUAUAGAGCAGUUGGAUCCUGUGUCUUUCACCAACUACUUGAAGAAGUACCGCAACACCAUCUGUGGGCGUCACCCAAUUGGAGUGCUGCUAAAUGCGGUGGCUGAACUUAGGAAGAAUGGUUUAGAAAUGAACUUAUCUUUCCUGAACUACGCCCAGUCGAGCGAGUGCAGGAACUGGGACGACAGCUCCGUGAGUUAUGCUGCCGGGGCCCUCGUCGUUCAUUGAGGGCAACUUUCACAGGGACCAGUGCAGCGCCGCCACCCUGUCCUUACUAUCUAUCGCCAUAACCCAGACAUCCUCCCUCUCACCUCACCCCCAAUCGCGCCCACUAUUUGCAGGAAGGACCUAGACACUCGAAGCCAAUCCAGUCCCCUUUGUCUGUCUCUAGCUCUUCUCCACCCUCCUCUCGGUUUGAAUUGUGUCUCAGAGCUUUUGGUUGAUACAUUUUUCUUAAAGAGCAAUGGUGUGAGGAAUGCAUAUUAAUUUGGCUCGGGGGAAACCGCCAGGAGGGACAAAUCUUAUUUGGGUUUUUGGAAGGACUUCAGUUGUCCAUUUCAGUUUUUCCUUACAAACGAUGGAUUCGAGUUGUGAUGCAAUCUUUACAUUUGGACUCUUGGCAAUCUAUGCUCAUGUUAUUUGCCUCCGAAAAAGGAAUGAAAAUAUAACUGCAGAUCUUAAUAUAGAAUACUGUAAUGCUGCCAGAGGAAAAUGAAGUGAGUGUUGUGAACUGACUGCUUUAAGCUACAUGCGACUUAAAUUUAAAAGGCUAUUUCUACCGUCGCAUCAUAUUGUAGUUGCUAACAAAGGGCUGCACCCAGCAGAGUUCACUAACCCCUGUACAAUACCAAAAACAUUAUUACUCUCAUAAUAGUUUUAUUAAAUAUGAUCUUUUAUUCAUAUUCUAUUCCUUUUUUUUCUCCCUUUUUCGUUAGUAUUAUUAGAUGUGAUGGUAUUUACUCAAGUAGUGUGUAGAUUUAAACAAAAGGAGUCUUGUCAGUUAAAAACAAAUUACUCGGUUAACCUGUUAAAUUAGUGCGUGUGCAAUGCUGCUCCCAGAUUCCAAUUAUACAUGUGUAGCAUCAUAGAUAUGGUUUGCUUGGGCCAGACUGCAGCUGUGGGUGCCCAGCAGAAAUAUGAAUAUUGUGUAAAUGAAUCCCAACACUGACACCACUAGUCUUUGUUUACACUGCCACCUUGAAUCUCUGUUGUUAUUGAAUUGUCUUCAUAGUAGACUCAGUCUUAAUUUUUAGUUUUUGCAAAAGUUAAAAAAAAAUAUAUAUUACUAUAUAUUAAUGUAGCUUUACUUUUAGCAGUUUACUAAUUCUGUCCACGGGGUAGUGAUAGACGUUUCUUUUAUUUAAGUUUUUUAUAUCCAAAUGCCAUAUGUUAUUGUGAAGAUUUCAGUCUUCAUCCUCAAUGGUUUGUUUCCAGUUUUGUUACUCCUUAAUCAAUGAGUAGCUAGAAGUGAUGGUGGAGUGAGAUGGAGGUUUGAGAUCAGCACAAAGUUACGAUUCAAUGUUCAACAAUUUACAACAGGGAAAUGUGGCUCCAUGCUCUAUUAUUGACGGGUGUUAAUCUGAUAAGAAUGAAUAUAUUUCUUUGCAUUAUGUAACGUCAAGCAAGAGGAUCCCAGUUAUGACAAAGAAAAGUUACUUGCAGUGUAAUCCUGCUGCUUGAAAGACUCUCAAACUGCAUACAAACAACCUGAAGGCAGUGAACCUGAUGAUUCAUAGUGGCAGGCUUUCGGGGACAGUACGUCAGGCAGCACACCAUGACUGCUGUCCUUUUCAUCUGAGAUCUGAACAUCCCAUAACUCUGACUGACAUUUGCUGCUGACUGAUUCCCAUUGAAAAGAUGCAGUCCCUGAAUAUUGUCUCCUUCUCUCAGCACCAUAAUCGUUACGCUACAAUAACUGGCUGAAGCAAGUGAGCCCAGACUGAAAAAAUGAAGCCCCACACUCAAUUGACCUCUGAUGAUAAUUUAAGGGAAACUAGUAUUGCAACACACACGUUUAUAGUGCCUUUUUAUCCCGAAUGCACACAUACAUAAGAAGUCUAUUCUCACUUUUAGUCUUAUUUUAGGAUGUGUACUUUCACAUGUACCCUUGCCCAGUGCCCAACAAAGUCUCCAUCCCAUCAAGCUCUCAAGGAGUGUUACAUCUCCCUCUAAUCUUAUUGGUCAAAGAUGGCACCAGCUGUUAUAUCCUUUCUCCAGCAGGGAGCGGUGUUCUGUUUUCUCCACCUCACCUCAUUCCUGUAGAGAGAGACAAAAGGCUAAACCUCAACACUGUUCUUUUUUCUGUUUAUGGAUCUUUGUUAGUCUCUUAGAAAUGUUUUUUUUAAUUAUUAUUAUUUUUCUCUUGCUUAGAGAAUGGGAGGUUACACGUCACAAACCUAAAAUACUACUUAACUGCUGCCUAAAUGGAGCUGUUCUGUUCUCAGGUUCCACUGACAAAGCAUCCCUACAGGGUCUUCAGAUGAGGCCAAGGAUUCAUGUUACAAAACAUAAAAAAGUAAAAUGUACUGAAAAGCC